AUGUCUUCUUCGGGGAAAAGACCUGCUUUAGACAGAAACUCAGAGGAAGCUGGUCCAUCAGCAAAGAGAAGGGCUCCCAUUGUAAGUGUUUCUUUUUCUGCAACAUUUUGUUUACAAUCAAACUUUGGAUGCGAGUUUCCAGCUAGAGCACGCCUGUGAACCGUGAAAUAUCUGUGAUUUAGCUAAUCGAUCAUUUAUAUAAUCACCCUUUUUACGCAGAAAAAUCGUGUCCUAAAACUGUACGGGAAAAACGACAUUUCUAACAACAAGUUGCGGGCUGUGGACUCGUUUUCAAAGGGCAAGGAUUUUGGUGCAAUAUGCCGCGAACUGAGAGUUCAAAGGGCUACAGCUGAAGUUUAUACCAUCGAUGCGUUCUGCUGGGAAGAAUAUCGAUCCUGA